AUGUUCAAUCCGAUCAUCUUCCAGGCACCAAGGGCCUCAUACAGCAAGACCUCCUUCCCCAGGAAUCUAUGUACGAUCCCAUGGAAUCCGAUGAUUUCACCAGGCCGCACAGGCGGAGUACCCUGCCUCUGGUUUCCUGCACCAAAGGCGGCCUCCGUGGUGAUGUACUUUCACGCGAACUCCGAGGACAUUGGCACUGCCUUCCAUUUCGUAAAACACAUGCGAGAUCAGUUCAAGGUGAACGUCAUUGCCGUGGAGUAUCCCGGCUAUGGGCUACUGCAAGGCAUCGAGCCCGCCGAGGAGACCAUCUUCGAAGUCGCCCUGACGGUGUUCAGAUAUCUCGUGGAUGACUUGCGGGUCAGCUAUUCUUCUGUGAUCGUUUUUGGCCGAUCCUUGGGAAGUGGCCCCGCGAUUUUCUUGGCAUCCCAGUAUCCCCUCGGCGGCAUGAUACUGGUUUCGCCGUUCAUUUCUAUUCGCGCUGCUGCCAAACAUAUUGGUGGCAGAAUAGUGGCCUUCAUGUUCAGCAAUGUCUUCCAGAACCACAAGAGGAUGGUGAAUGUCUCGUGCCCGGUGCUUUUUAUCCACGGCGCCAGCGAUUCCCUGAUACCCGUGGAACACUCGAAGACGCUGUUUAGCCUCUGCCGAUCUCGCAAGCUUCUAAUCACUCCAGCGAAGAUGGAUCACAACAGCAGCAUGUUCAGUGAUCCGAAUGCUUUUGCCGUGCCUGCCAUACACUUCUUCGGCUUCCCCGGAUGGCGCACGCUGACACCGCCCUUCAUGCCGUUCGACCUCUUCGAGGCACACCGGCUGGACUCAGAGAACAUGCACUUGAGAGAUGGCUCGGGAAAGAAGAUGGAGGGUCCCGAGUCUUGGCUCUACAACUGCUGCGGGAAGCUUUCCGAAGAGAGUGAUCAGGUCCUCGUGAAGCAGGAGAAGACGCUUCAAGAAGAAUGCGUCCAGAACGACUACGUAUAG